AUGGUGCAAGAAGGGAUAGUAUUGGGUCACAAAAUUUCCUACAAGGGAAUUGAAGUUGACCAAGCAAAAGUGGAAGUGAUAUCUAAACUCCCACCUCCUGUUAAUGAGAAGGGUAUCAGGAGUUUCUUAGGACACGCAGGUUUUUACCGCAGGUUCAUAAGAGAUUUCUCAAAAAUCGCAAAACUGCUGACCAAUCUAUUGGUUAAGGAUAAGGCGUUUCUGUUCGACAAAGAAUGCACCAUGGCCUUUGAGACAUUGAAGAGCAAAUUGAUUUCAACACCCAUUAUUAUUGCCCCUGAUUGGUCUCUUCCAUUUGAGAUCAUGUGUGAUGCUAGUGAUAUUGAUAUAGGGGUAUCCCUAGAACAACGAAAAGAGAAGUUAUUACAUGUCAUUUACUAUGCUAGUCAUGUGUUGAGCCCUGCAUAG